AUGAAGAACUCAAUUUUAAUAUUCGCUUCAAUAACAACUUUGGCGAUCGGAGAAAAUUUGUUGCCGGAAGAUUUCACGAAAUGUCGGCAAAAGGACGCCAAGUUGAACGACUGCCUCAAGAGCGCGGUGCCUGAUGCCCUCAGACGAAUGAAAAAAGGCAUACCGGAAUUAUCCGUCCCACCCCUGGAGCCGUUACUGGUGUCCGGUAUGAACAUCGAGUCCGGCGCGGGUCCGGUCGUUAUCAACCAAAUUUACCGGAACAUUCAGUUGCACGGCCUUACAGAUUCUAUCCUAACCUUAUACAAGGCGGAUUUGAAACAUCACCGCCUACGAACAGAUUCGUUGACGCCUAAGAUGGAGUUCAUCGCCGACUACGUGAUGAAAGGAAGAAUUCUCGUCCUACCUAUCCAGGGCAAGGGGAUUGCUAAUAUAACUAUGGUGAAUUUGGUUGUGAAACAUGAAUUAAUCGGCGAACCAGUUACUAAAGACGGAGAAACUUACAUGCACAUGCGAGACUACAAAGUCAAAUUCAUACCACAAAGAGUUAUUUUGCACUUCUCCAAUUUGUUCAACGGUGAUAAGGCCCUAGGAGAUCAAAUGAACAGGUUCCUCAAUGAAAAUUCAGACCUCGUGUUUAACGAGUUGAAGGAAUCUUACGAAAAGAGUCUCAGUUCAGUAUUCCAAGACGUUACAAACAAAAUAUUCGAUAAAGUUCCAAUGAACAAAAUCUUCCCAGAAGAUUAA